UGUGUGUGUGAAAGCCGUUGUCGAUAAAAGGACGGCCAUAAGCCUCACUGAGUACACACACCUGAAGUAUCAGACCUCAACGGACACACAGUCAUCUCAGCAGUACAGCCCAAAUCAGCCAAGAUGUGUUGCACAGGUUUCCUUAAAGUCAUGAUGUUCAUCUUCAACGGUGCCAUCUUUUUGGCAGGUGCGGCCAUUUUGGGAGUUGGUAUAUGGGUGACGGUGGACAGCGACUCUUUGCUGGCUUUGGUGGACAAAGUGGUCGAGUUGCCAGAAGAUGUCUUCCAGCUGAACUAUGUAGGCUAUGUGUUGAUCGGUGUGGGCGCUGUGCUUUUGAUCAUGGGCUUUCUGGGAUGCUGCGGCGCCAUCAGAGAGAGCAAGUGUAUGCUGCUGACGUUCUUCAGUCUCGUGCUGAUCAUCUUCAUCAUCGAGGUUGCAGGAGGUGUGGUGCUGUUCGUCUUCAACGAUGAGGUUGAUCAAAUCUUUGACAGCAUAGAAAAUGAAGUAAGGACAGACAUUCAAACAAACUAUGGAAAUGAGAAUGAUAUGACCCAACUCUGGAAUACAACCAUGGAGCAGUUUCAAUGCUGUGGUUACAAGAACUACACAGAUUUCGAAGGCUCCCCUUUCAACAACGCUGGAGAUAGAUACCCCUCACCAUGCUGUUAUGGCGCAUCACCAUGCACUUCAAAUGCAGCACAAACAGCGAACAUUAAAGGUUGCUUUGUUAAGCUGUUGGAGCUGUUGGAGGAAAACUCUGCGAUCAUUGCUGGUGUAGCUCUAGGAAUAGCUGCCCUUGAGAUUGCUGCAAUGGUGGUUUCUAUGGUUCUCUACUGCAAUGCUGGCAAAAAGGGAUAGUGAUUCGCCCUUGGGAUGAUAAAAAAAAUAAUGGAAGUAAAAAGGGACUUUUUAUGUAAAAAGUUUUUCUGAUAUUUAAUUCAAGCAGGUUGAUUCAAACAUGAACAGAUGACACUCUUUAUGCAGUGUUAUCACUCUUUAUGAGCACUAAAAUAUAGAAGGAAUACUAAUAUGUUGUGCAUUUUAAAACUGCUUGUUUAUAUUUAUUCUGUGAUUUAUUUAAAGUUUUAGGAAGCCUUUACCUCCACUGAUGUUUUGUGCUGAUGUAUUCCAUAUUGAGAUGUAAUGAUGCACAUUGAGGUGACUUCUGUUGAGCUUUUAUGUGUGUUUUAUGUUACUCACAUUUAUGGCACUAAUAGAAUGCAUUUAUUUUGUAUUUUUAAUUAUGUAGGAACGGUGAAUGAAACUUUGUCUUGUUUGAGAAAUGUGAUUUAUUUUCUCUGUGUAACAUGUUUGUGCAAUAAACAUGAAGAACAUAA